UUUUAUAAAAAUAGCAACUAACUGAACUAACCUUACUUUUUAUAUAAAUUAUUAUGUGUACCUAAUACCUAUGUGUAUUUUUUGGAUUCCAGAAAUCUACACUCCUUAGAACUCAUUGAACAUUAAUAGAAUUCUUGUGAAUUAUUACUUAUCAAAUUGAAUCUACGCUAAACAGUCUUUGUAACUUGAUAAAUUUACAGGCUAAACAAUCAACAUCACAUGGCAUAAUAUUCAUAAGGUUUUCUGGUUCAUCACUGUCUGUUAUAGAGUAGCCUACUGUGAUGGAUCCACUCUCUGAAAUAGCGCUUCGAAUAUUUGCAAACCAUUACUCUCCAACAAAAGAUGUUGAAGACGAUGAUUGGGAGCUUCUUUAUCAUAUGUUUGGAUCUAUUGCGGAGAGAGCUCUCGAAUUGUGUGAAUGGGGAUCCAUCCAUGAAGUAGAGACAGUUCCGGUCUCAACAUUUGGUCUCUAUAAGGUUGUGUCAGAUUCGAGGAAAGAGUAUUACGUUUUUAAAAAUGAUAAUAUUUGCCAAUGCAGUUUCUUCAAAUACCAUGUGAGAAAUACUCAAUCAAAACCUGCAUGUAAGCAUGUUCUCUACUGCAGACUUGCUUUGAUCUUCGGUAAAAUCGGUUCACCAAUAACUAUCAAAUUGGAAGAGUUGGGAAAUUAUUUGCAUGAUGUUUUUGCUAUAGGCGGUCAAUUAUUGUGACUAUUUUUUAUUAUCAACUGAUUAAAUUUUUCAAUAUACAAUUAUUAAACUGUAUAAGUAUUUAAAGCCCAGGUUAUGAUGAGGGGAUGAAUGCAGUACAAAAAUUUUCACAGGCAAAUGUUUCCCCAUAGCUAAGUGCCAUCAUAGUAAAUCUAAGACUUCUGUAAAAGGUAAACACAUAAUUAAAGUUCGAUAAUGCUUA